CCAAGUGUUGUUUAUUUGUUUUGUUAAUGUUGUUUUCAUCGUAAUGACGCCGCUACCCUGACAACAGUUGUGUUGUGUUACAGUUUAUUCCCGUCCAUUUCCAAGCUUCGGUGUUAAUUUUGUAUCUUUCAAGAAGACUAGUGUGUGUGUGGCACAACUUAUUUCUCAGGGCUGAUUUCGAUAUUUUCAUACGUAUUUCUGUAUUUUGGGAACUGAGAAUAUUUGAAGCUUGAAUUUAACCAUGGCUCUGAAAUGUAUUUGUAACAUAUGCACUUGUGGGCGUCACUAUUGCAAGCACCAAGAUUGCAACUUCAUGUUCCAAGGAACAAGAGCAGAGCCAGUGACAGAAUAUGGUGCAAGAUACACAGAACAUGAACUUGGAAAAGUUGAAUCAUUUCGUCCAAAGUAUGCACCUUUACCAGAGGGGAAAAUGGAAUGUAAAUCUAUACAAAGAGAAGAUUUUCAACCUUAUCUGAUUGAAAAGAAAUGGGUUCGACCUCAAGAGAUUUGGCAGAAGCCACCAGGAACAAUUGACAAUCUUACUUCAUACAAUAUAAAUUAUACAGGAAGACAGUCAGCACCAGUUAAACCUAUCCGACAUGACAGAUUAACUCUUAAUGUCUGCAAAUUUGGAGGUGAACCAACCUAUAAAGCUGAUUACAAGAAGUGGGACAGCUAUUCAUCAAAAAAAUAUGGCCCAGUAUACAGUUGGAGUCCACCAACACAGAAAUUGGCUAAUGAAUCAACAUUUACUCGAGAUUUUAAAUACAACUAUGAACCACCAAGAAAAAGCAUGAGACCAGAAAUAUUAAGCAAGACAGACCCACCAUUGGAAGACAAAACUGGCUAUCGUGAAGAUUAUGUUGCACAUUCACUCCCACCAAAGGUUUUGAGAGAAAAACAGACCUAUAAUCUUCCAGCAGUUCCUCUUGACAGCUUAACAACUUCUAGGCAUGAUUAUCAAGGCCAAUCUGGUCCACGCACACUCAGCUACAAACCCAAACUUGCUCCUGUAUGUGCACAAGAACCAUUUCCAGACAUGACAACAUUCAGACAUGAUUUUCGUGAAUGGCCAACAGAAAAGCGAAGCAUUCACCAACCAAGUCAGUAUGUAAAACCACCUGGGAAGGUGGAGCAAGAUACUGUACAUAAACUUACAUACAAAGAGUUCCCUGUUCAGCGAACAACUAGUUUUCGACCUAAAACAAGCCACAGACCAGUAGGAAACAUUGAGGGCAACACAAGCUACAAUACGGACUUCAAACGAUUUGAUGUCCCUCCAGUGAGAAUUAACAAAAAGGAGUCUUAUGCACCACCUGAAGUACCAUUCCAAGGAAUUUCAACUCAUCAAGCCCACUUCAUUGAGCAUCCAAGGACACAGACCAAAAGUUUCAAACCAACGAGUUUCCAAAGAUCUGAUGAUGCUCCUUUAGAUGAUAACACAAUGUACAGAAACGAGUACACACCUAAAGAAGUUCCUGUGUGUCCAAUUAUCUAUCUUGACACUAACAAAAGCUUGUAUAAGUUUGAAGGAAACUCUAACACAGGUCAUCAGUUAUAUAAACCUUUGUCCUCACUGGAAAGUAAUAGAGUACAACUUGUGGCAGCCUAAAAAAUAUAUUUUCAUCAGAAAAUGUUAAUAGUUUGAACACGGUUUACAUCUUUGAGUGGAGGAAAAAGUUCAACUUUAUUAAGUGAAAUACUUAAUAAUUAAGAAUUAUCAAACAUUAAUAUUGUUAAGUUGUUGUCCUGUGAUCCUGUAGUUUAGUUUCAAACUAAUAUCUUCUCUAUAUACCAUUCACUACACACUUUCUAAUGGCAAUAUAUUGUUAGCACAGUACACAAGUAUGUUCAAAUUGAGAAAGUGUCAUCAUAAUACAAAUAGAAAAUAUAUUACAAUGUAUGUGAAGCAUAUUUCAUAAAUGAAAUACUGUAUUUGAAUUUAGUCAGCAUAAACCUCAAAUAUAGUGCUGCUGUUCAUUAUAAUGUCACUACAUCUUCUGUAUUCACAUAUACACACACACACACAUAUAUAUAUAUAUAUAUAUAUAUAUAUAUAUAUAUAUAUAUAUACUGACCACUUUAAAUCUUGCCAACUGA